AUGGCUAAACCUCUGAAGAUCGUCCAUCUCGACGGCGUGCAUUGCCCCUCCCCCACUUUCACAAUCCCGCACACCUACACCGAAUACCCUAACACCACUGAUCUUUCAACUGUCGCGUCCAGAAUUGGCGACGCGGAUGUUGUCAUUACUACUAGAAUCCCCAUCACCGCCUCCACGUUAGACCAAUGCCCAGGACUCAAACUCAUCGCCGUCCAAGCAAUCGGCACGGACAUGAUCGACCUCGCCGCGUGCAAGGCGAGGAACGUUGUAGUGACCAACGUCCCAGCUGCAAGCAACGAGAGCGUCGCGGAGCACGCCAUCGCGCUGUACUUCGCAAUCAGGAGAAAUAUCACCGGCAUGCACGAGAUGAUGGUGCAGGGCGAUGAAUGGGUCAAGAAAGGCGCUGUGACUAGCCUUUGGACAGGUGUGCCCAGGACAUGUAGGGAGGAAGUCAUGGGGAUAAUUGGGGGCGGGGAAUUAGCCACCAUCGGCCGCGCCCUAGGCAUGACGGUCCAAAUCUCCGAACGCAAAUCCGUGGCUCCCAGCUCGACGCGGCCCUCCCGCAUUCCCUUCCCCACCGUCCUGCAAACCAGCACCAUUCUAAUGAUCACGCUGCCCCUCACACCCUCGACGCACUCUCUCAUCUCGAGUCCCGAAUUCGCGCUCAUGCGCUCCGACGCCAUCCUCAUCAACGUGGCUCGCGGCGGUAUCGUAGACGAGGACGCGCUCGUGGAUGCUCUAAGGGAGAAUCGCAUCGCGGGCGCCGCGGCGGAUGUUUUCUCGCGGGAGCCGGCGGGGAGGGAAAAUGUUCUUGUGAGGGAGGGCGGGAUGGGGGGUAGGUUGGUUUUGAGUCCGCAUGUGGCGUGGUUUGCGAGGAGCUCGAUUGAGAAGUUGAGGAGGACGGUCGUGGAGAAUAUAGAGGCGUGGGUUGGAGGGGAGGUGAGGAAUGUGGUCGUUUAG